AGUCAGCGCGUAUUGAACACCACUGCAUCUCGCUCACUUCGGGGCUGCCUUUAGGUGCAGUGAAUCUUUUCCACAUCACUAGUAAUAAAACGAAAGUAAAUGCGUCACUGGUCGUGUUGGUAGGGGCGUGUAAACUCUUGCUGAUUCAUUUUAGCUGUCUCGACGCAUCACUGGAAAGUUGCUUACUUACCCUUCUCUUUUCUACCACACUCUUUUAUUAUUAUUAUUAGUUUUGUUUUCUUUUCAGUAGUUUCUGCUCACCCCCUUUUUUUUGCGGUCACGACAUCUUUGUUAGUAUAAUUUCUUUUUCUUUCUUGGAACCUGUCCUAGUCCGACGACGCAAAUGCGCCAUCAGCUCGUUGCAGUUCUUUUUCUCCUUUCGCUUCUCCAAACAAGGGUCUUCGUGACGGCUGACGCGCCGUCCGUUGCCCGUCAUCGAUGCAUUCAUAGGCACUCGAACACUCUUCAACGCAUCACGAAAGCGGCAGCAGAGCUGAAUGUGGAAUACGUAGCGUCGAACACGUCAACUCCGACGGCGACGAAGUCAUUGUCGGUAGCGGAUGACGGCGAUGCCUUCUUAUUGGACAGGCCGUCGCGAACGGUGUCGGCGCUGGCCGCGGAACCGCCGGCUGGACUUGGCGGCAAAAGCGGGCUCGCUGCAGCUGCCCAGACGCCCCGUGAUCUCACCUAUCCUCCUAUGCGAAUUCGGUUUGAUGUCUCGCACCUCUUCAAUGCGAGUCACUUCUGCACUGAUGUUGGCAGUCAGCGCAGCGACAAACUCGGUGGUAACGUGACGUGCAAGCAAGAUGACCUCUUCCGUGCGUGGAAGCGGGACUUCGUACUUCACCGUAUCAUACCCAUACUGGGGAGCUCUGUAGAGCAGUGGCUCAGUUUAAAAGACGCAGUGGCCGCGGACCAAAACGAGUUGACAACCGCUCCGCGUGACGCAGGAGGGAACCGAGCUUCACGCGUGAUUGUGCCGCAGGGAAUAUGUGGCAGCAGCAUCGUCGUACCUCACUCGCACUCCACGAAGGGCGUCUACAACGCAGAUUUUAUCGUCUACGUUCUGGCGGCUCCGCUGCAUGACACCGUCACGACAACCAACUCGCGUGCGUCAGCGUCGACGUCGUCUCGCACGAUUGCGUGGGCGACUUACUGUGCCGUGGAUCGUCGCACGAAGCGUCCGCUGGUGGCCGUGAUGAAUUUCGUGCCGUCGUCGCUUGUCCUUCACGCAGCGCCGUCCGCCUCCGCCAGUGAGGGUGCUUCGUCUUCGUCGUCGUUCUGGCUGCGGACGUUGAAACGUGCCUGGCGCACGCUUGUUUCUUCGAGUACGACCACAGGCGGCGCUACAGAGAAGCAGCUGCGCAGUGCGGUGUACAACGCGAACCAAGCAAUAUCCUCAUACUAUGCGCAGUGGACCGCGCAGCACCAUCGUUCGCUGCUGCAUGAGCUGUUGCACGCCCUCGGCUUUGCCCCCUCCCAACUGCAGCGUUACGCGGCCAUGGUCACCCUUCGACGUGCAUCCACCUCAACGACAAGCGCUGCUGCUUUGGUCAUCACGACUCCCAAAGUGAAGGUCGCCGUGCAGAGCUGGAUGAACUGCACGAGCGCCAAAGCACUGCCCGGUGCGGCGCUGGAGCGGAGCGGGUCGGAGGGGACCGUCGGCGCCCACUGGGAGCGCCUACAGUUUCACGAUGACUUGAUGGCUGGCGUCCUCUCGCCGAGCGCCGCCUUGUCGGACAUGACGAUCGCCUUCUUCGACUCGCUGCCGUACUACCGCGCCGACCGCCGCUACGCGGAGCACCCGAUGUGGGGCUAUCAUGCUGGGUGUGAUUUUGCGGCGGGGGUGUGUAGGCCGGUGGGGCGCUUUGCUGCCUUCGAUGAGGCGAGCUCGAGUACCAACAGUCACCGUCCUUAUUGGACCACAGACGCGGAGUCCGUGACGCGCUCCAGGUACUGGUGUGAGGCAAUGCCGCCUUCUGCGGCAGGCCACACGCAGUGCACGGCGGAUCGGCGGGCGAUUGGGUUCUGCUUUGCGCAGAGGGAACCGCCGAACAAAGGCAGCUCCGCAGGCGAUCGGAAACGAUCUCCCGCCGCGCCCUCCGUGGAGAGUCACGGCCUGUCACUGUUGAUGGAGGGCUGCCCGAUUGUGGAACCGUAUUCCAACCGCGUGUGUGACAGCUCACCCGUCUUCGAGUCCCCUGUCGGCGAUGCCACUGGAGCGGACUUCACGGAGGACAACGUGCACUACCAGCGUAGCGUGCUGGUGAAGGACCAAGGCUACUACUUCGGCCCCUUCAGCCGCUGCUUUGCAUCCAGUGAAGUCCGGCGUCUCGACCGCGAAACACGGCGUGCGCUCGCCGAGCAGAUGUCCCGGGCCACUGACAGCAGCGCAGGUGGUGUUAACGGUGUCUUCCUUUCUUCCUCCUUGUCGAGCAAUGUGCGUCGGGCACCCGUGGCGCACCCGCUCGUCACCGCGCGCUGCUUACAGACUCGGUGCUUGAAGGGCGGCACAGCGGUCGAAGUCCGUGUGGGCACGGAGUGGAUCCAGUGUCCUGCCGACGGCGGCGCCGGCGUCGUGGCCGUACCGCCCACCUCCGGGUACGCGGGAUGGGUGGGCUGCGAGGCAGCGGUGCUCUACUGUGCCGAUGCGACCCAAUUGCAGCGGCCCACCCAACUCCUGAGCAACACGCCGCCGGCCACUUCAAAGACGAGUUCCACGGUGCUGCCGUUCUAUCGCGUGACGGUGACGUUUUCCAUCUCGCUGAGCGCGGCACCCGUGGCGCAGCCUCUCACAGUGACUGCGGAAACUGCGGCAACGUUUCGCAUGUCUCUGGUGGACAGUGACAGGGCUUUCCAGGCUGCGCUGCAGCGCGAUUUGGCGCGUCACCGUGCGAGGCGUGCGCUGUCUCCCUUGGGGGCUGUUAUGGGGCAGCGUGUGGCUGGCGCGACACGACUCACCACUGCGACGUUUGCCGCGUUUGCAGAGGAUGGUGGGGAUGACGUAGAGAGAAGGAACUCAUCCAGGAGCGGUGCGUUUCCUCUUAAUUGGAAAGGCCUGGUCUCCGCCGAUUUGGAAGUUGUCGCGCACGGCGCGGACGAGGCGCUGUCACGCACGCAAGCGUGGUUAGUUGCCACCCCGAAAGGGGCAACUGCCCCGCUCGCCGUGACAGACGGUGCGCGCCUUUCAGAAGUGGAGCUCAUUUCCACUGCAGAAUGGCUGUCACGGUCGAGCUGCGCUGCCCUGGCUUCGACGAGUCGUGCAGAUAACAACAGCUACCUUUUAAGUGUGGAUGAAACAGGUUCUCUUCCCAUCUCGUCUUCGGUUCUUCCGGCGGAGACAGACGCAGCUGAGCCUGCCGUCGCACCACGUGCCGUGUGUCAGGUGCGCGGCCUUGUGACGUCCCUCCCUGUCAGAUGGAAGGCCUCUGCCCGCAACCACACCGCGACCUUCUCUGUGGUUGGCCCGCUGGACGUGUCGGAGCACCACAGCGGUGCGAUCGAUCUGCGCGAAGUCGCCGUCGUGCAUCUUCGUUUCCGUCGCAACCACGCAGCCGCCAUGAGCGCACUCUGGCCAAAUUCUACAACGGCAACGCAGAGAGCGCCUGCUCUCGAUGUGGAGGCGUGGGUGUCACAGGCGGCGUCCCUUCUGGCGCUCGCAAAAGACAUGGGCGCCCUUCUCGGUCUCUCUUCGCAGAUGGUGCGUGUGGCAUCCAUACGACGUUCAGCCAACAUACAAGAGCCUGGACACGGAACAGUGAACACCUCGCGCGCUAAAAAAGCUGCCGACGGGUUAUCACCUUCGCUGCAAGACGCUAUGGAUGUGGGCUUCGUCGUUUCGCUGCCGAUGUCCGAUGAGGCGACGUUGUGGGAUGGCGCCGGCGCAAAAGGCUCUGCAGCUUCUUCAGCGUCAGACGUGCUGCUGUCGUGGACCGCCUUUACUGCACGAGUGCGGGUAGGUUGGCUGCGGCAGCUGACCGAACUUGUCGACGGAGAGGGGGCGGAGGAGAGAUCGUUGUGUCUUCUCCGCCACGCAAACGCUCUGUUCCAAGAGCAGCAGCGAGACUCCGCUGAGGAUGGGACGGCUUUUGCGAAUGCAACGCUUGCCGUUCGGUGUCCCAUUGUGCUCGAUGCGGUGGUGCGCAUGCAUGCCCCUCGGCCUGGUGCGUCUGCCGAAGACCUUUUCCUUGGCUCCAGCAUGGGAAAGACGGAGCCGUGGUGGGAGCGGCGAGUGGUGGAAGUAAGAGGCUUCACGGUGACCGUGGCGAGCUUUUUGGGCAGUGUGCUUGUGGCCGUCGUGCUGGUUCUCUGUGCGUGUAGAAGCGGGCGAUGA